GCAUGCGCACUCUGGCUCGGACAGGGGGAAGCUGAUCAGGUUUGUAGCAGAGGCAGAAAGCGACGUGAAAACAUUGGACUAUUAGAAAAUAUCCAACAUUUUAGCGUCCGUGUGUUUCCGAGUCGCUGUCCUUCAGCUCAGCAUUCACCCAGAACUCAAGUGCGGACCGCAGGAUGAACGGAGACUCCGGUGCUGGGGUGGUGGCGGCCACUCCACCCACACACCCACCCCAUAAAGAGCGCUACUUCGACCGAGUGGACGAGAGCAGCGCCGAGUACCAGAGAGAGAGGAACAUGGCGCCUGACCUACGGCAGGACUUUAACAUGAUGGAGCAGAGGAAGAGAGUGUCCAUGAUCCUGCAGAGUCCGGCUUUCUGUGAGGAGCUGGAGACUCUGAUCAACGAUCAGAUGAAGAAGGGGAAGAACCCCACCAGCCUGCUGGCCCUGCAGCAGAUCGCUGACUUCAUGACCACCAGCGUGCCCACCAUGUGCCCUGCAACCCCACAGGGAGGCAUGGCUGCACUCAACAUGAGUCUGGGUAUGGUGACUCCAGUGAAUGAUCUCCGGGGCUCAGACUCCAUUGCCUAUGAGAAAGGAGAGAAGCUGCUGCGCUGUAAGCUUGCUGCCUUCUACCGCCUGGCGGACCUGUUUGGUUGGUCUCAGCUUAUCUACAAUCACUUAACUGUCAGACUGAACUCUGAACAGGAACGCUUUCUGAUUGUCCCGUUCGGACUUCUGUACAGCGAAGUCUCCGCCUCCAGCCUGGUGAAGAUCAACCUUCAGGGCGAGAUCAUGGACAGAGGCAGCACUAACCUGGGCGUGAACCAGGCCGGAUUCACCCUGCACUCCGCCAUAUACUCGGCCCGUCCUGACAUCAAGUGCGUCGUGCACAUCCACACUCCUGCUGGCGCUGCGGUUUCAGCUAUGAAGUGUGGCCUCCUGCCCAUUUCUCCUGAGGCUCUGUCUCUGGGCGAGGUGGCCUACCAUGACUACCAUGGCAUUCUGGUGGAUGAUGAAGAGAAGAUCCUGAUACAGAAGAAUCUUGGCCCCAAGAGCAAGGUGCUGAUUUUGAGGAACCAUGGGCUGGUGUCAGUAGGGGAAACUAUAGAAGAGGCUUUUUACUACAUCCACAACCUGGUGACAGCCUGUGAGAUUCAGGUCCGUACCCUCGCCAGUGCAGGUGGCCCUGAUAACCUGGUCAUGUUGGACCCAGGGAAGUACAAAGUGCGUCCUCGUCACCUAGAGCCCGUCGGUGAUGGGACGAGUCCGCAUCCCAAGUGGCAGGUCGGGGAGCAGGAGUUUGAAGCCCUCAUGCGGAUGCUGGAUAAUUUGGGCUACAGGACCGGCUACCCGUACCGCUGCCCGGCCCUGCGUGAAAAAGCUAAAAAGUACAGCGAUGUCGAGAUCCCGCCGUCCGCCACGGGCUACUCGUACGCCGAGGACAGCGACUCGGGCGCUCGCUCCCCGCUUAAGCACAGCUUCCAGCGGGGACAGCGUGACAAGACCCGCUGGCUGAACACCGGCCGGCCGGAUGAUAACCCCGAUGAGGGGCUGGAGGGCAGCGGCAGCCCCAAGGCGAAGACUAAGGUGUGGACGAACAUUACACACGAUCACGUCAAACCCUUGCUGCAGUCUCUCUCGUCCGGUGUCUGCGUGCCAAGCUGUAUAACCAACUGCUUGUGGACGAAGGAGGAGAACGUUCGACAGGCUGCUGUGGCCAAUCAGUUCGUUCCUCUCAACACAAAUCCUAAAGAGGUCCAGGAAAUGCGCAACAAGAUCCGUGAGCAGAACCUGCAGGACAUCAAGACAGCAGGACCUCAGUCUCAGUUGCUCACAGGAGCCGUGGUAGAUCGUUCUUUUGUCCAGAGAGCGACGAUCUGGCACGGGGAGCUAGUGACCGCCUCUAAAGCCAUUAUAGAAAAGGAAUACCAGCCUCGUGUGAUUGUCACCAAGACCGGACCAAAUCCGUUCAAUAAGUUCACCGACCAGGAGCUGGAGGAGUACCGUAAAGAAGUGGAGCUCAAACAGAAAGGACAAGAUGUACAGGUUGAUGCACCUGGCAGCUCGCUGGUCUCAGAUUCAGGAGUCGUCUCCACUCCUCUUGUCUCCUCAAAGCACAGUUUUGUGGAGAAUCGGCUCAUGACAGCUCCUCCUCCUUCUUCUACUUCUUCUUCUGGUGCUUCUCCAGACCGAAGUACAGAACCUGAGGCAGGAUCAGGAAGGAUCAGUCCUUCUGGUCCUCCGGAAUCACCACACAAGGACUUUCAUUGUGCUGUUCUGAAAGCCCUCGGUGCCAACACAGACUUGUCUGGGCAUGAUAAGCCUGAACAAGACAGCCAAGCUGAAGAUCAACCACAGGAGCCGGAGGAGCUGGGCAAAGGUCCGAGCCCCACCCGUACCCCGCCAAGCACUCCAAUUAAACUAGAAGAAGGUGAAGAUCGGCAGCAGGAGCUGAGCCCUAAAGACGAAAGCGACGCCGCCACUUUAAGACAGACCCUCCCCGACCUGACCCCCGACGAGGCUUCGGAAUCCGCCACCCCCGCCCUCCCUGCAGAAGACCCCGCCCCCUCUCAGCCAGACCCCGCCCCGGCUCACACAGACGGGGAGGAACCCGUCGCCGCUGACGACGCCACGGGCGACGCGGGCAGCGACGAGUCCCCAAACAAAUCCCCUUCCAAAAAGAAGAAAAAAUUCCGCACGCCGUCGUUUCUGAAGAAAAACAAAAAGAAGUCCGAGUCCUAGAGAGGAAGAAAACUCCUAGGUGUAAAAGCCACAUGCAUCUGGUUCCUUUUCUUGUUUUAAUUAGUGUUUUUUUUUAAUGUUUUACCUAACCUCUUGUUCACCUAUAGCUUGUGAACGUCGUCCAUUUUGUUUUUACGUUGUUUUUUUUUUUUUUAAAUGUUAAAACGUUUCGUGUGGCUUAAUAACGCAUGCGUGUCUCCGCCCUACGAAUCUUUUAGCAGAGAUUUAUUUUAACUCCCUGCUUUUGUACGGAAAAAAGAUUUACCAAGCUUAAUUAACCACUAGAAUGUAUUCGGAUUGUAUCGCAGUGUAUUCAAGUGUCUUUAAGUAAAAAAAAACAAAUAAAAAAGCAGCACGGUGAUAAAAUGUCUAUCAUAUUGAUUUGCGUUAAAUUUGGCCGUCUUUCAAAGCAGAUGUCUGGCUUAACACUCUGUAGCUGAUCGUAAUCUACUGCGGUAUCCAAUCGAUCGUUAAUCGGAGACUCCGUAACGUUUUGUCUCCGAGUGCCGAGGACCGGCUUAGGGGGACGCCGAGGUCUCCGUAAUCUAGCUAAUGGAAACUCGAAGACGUGUGUAAUCGUAUAAAAAUGUAUAUACCGUAACAAAUAUUCACACUUUUCUCAUUAUCGUAGUUUAAUUUCAUAACGUUUAAGAUUUAUAUGGUUUACGUUUUAUAUUUAAUGAAAGAAAUCUUCACUCAAGCUACCGAUUAACGUGAAUAUUUUACGUCUUUGACUCGCAAAAUUCCGCAAAUUAUAAGCAAUCCUUUUUUUUUCUUUCUUUCUUUCUUUCUUUUCUAAAAAAAAAUCUACUUAAAGCAUUGAAAUCCUCAAAAAUUUUGACCUGUGCUAUAAUUUCUGUCACACUACAAAGCAAAUACUCUUGACCUUAAUGUCAUAAUACCGAAAUUAUAUCCAUAAAAAAUAUAUAGAAAUAUAUAAAACAUCCCAAUUACUGCAUCCAUCCACAGUUAGACGUAGACGUGCUGCUUCAGGAGUCUCCGUAACUUCUAUCUCCAUCUCUUUCGCUGCCAUGUGGCUAACUUUAGCUUGGUGCUAACGGAAAAUAGAAAACAUUAAAGAUUUCAUAGUCGAGCCGUCAUAAACGAAAGCCAAUGAAGACGAUAAUAACGGAUUAAAAUCGGCUCAGAAAACAAUACAGCAACACGAACAGGACAAAAAAAUAAUGAUGUUGAUCGGGAUGAUGUUGGAAUUAAAUGAAUCAUUUCUGAUCAUUAUUUAUAAAGUGGAGAUUAAACAGAUUUGAAGAAAAAAAACGGAUUUGUAACGUGACGUGAACGAUCUUUGUGAUGACUGACAUGUCAGGGAUCACGUGAUCGUGAUCGUGAUCAGUGGGCGGAGCUUAAAGCCUGAUUCGAAGCCGCUUCGUUUCAGAAGAAACCAAACGUUUGUGUCUUGAGGUUUAUUGCCGCAGGUUAAGACGUGUAGAAAAAAAUAAAUCAGAAAAACAUUUGGUGAAAAUGAACGUUUUUACCUGUAGUGUGUUGCCUUAAAGGGAUAAUUAAUACAAAUCUGAUGAUAAUAAAAACAACAAUUUUCAGCCUUUAAGACACCCGAGUGAACUGCUGUGAAUCCGUUCAGGGGCUUUUCACACGGGACUUCAGACCCUUUCAAUGACUCCAGACUCCUGUGGGUAUUAUUUUAUUUUUUACCUACAGACUUGGGCUGCAGUGUAAACACUGUUAAAACACUGUGAGAACAUGAAAAGGAGGGAUGAUGACCGUGUAGAAGUUCAGUCCACGUCGUCACCUUUAAUAUCCCUGUCCCUGAUCUCUCACACAGUUGCUGCUUCUCUGAUGUUGCUCUCAGUGUUUAUGUUCUGUAUAAUACAAUUUCCUCCAAACACACGUGAUGUGAAACCGAGACACAGACCGCUGCUCUAAUCUACAGCCACUAACACACAUCAUGAGUCUCUCUGUCUGUCUGUCUCUCUCUCUCUGUGUCUCUCUCUCUCUCUCUGUCCCCCCCGUGUGUCUCUCUGUCUGUCUCUCUCUCUCUCUCUCUCUCUCUUUUUCUCUCACUCUCUCUCUGUCCCCCCGUGUCUCUCUCUCUCUCUCUCUUUCUCUCACUCUCUCUCUGUCCCCAGUGUCUCUCUCUCUCUCUCUCUCUCUCUCUCAACCCCCCCCUCAAUCUCUCUCUCUCUCAAACCCCCCCCCCCCCCUCUCUUUCUCUCUCUCUCUCUCUCUCUCUCUCUCUCUCGCUCUCUCUCUCUCUCUCUCUCUCUCUCACACUCUCUCUCUCCCAGCUGGAUUUUAUGGUAUCUAGAUUCAUUCUGUUCUGUAGGGAAUCAUAUGUUCCCCCUUCAUCCUGUGAAGCUCGGGGCUUGUGUCUGACCAGGCAAAGAAGUUUCCAGAAGAACCGUGUGCUUUAAAAUGCUGCCUUGUUUAUCUGCUUCACCGUUCUGUGAAUUGAAUUAAUCUCAUUACUGACCUGUUGUUUUAUGAAAAUCUCUGAUGUGUGUUUAUUUUCCUCCCCAACAAUAAAACCCAUUUUCAUUUUCA